UGCGUAGUGAAAUGACAACCGCAGGAAAACAUAACCUUUAAAACAGCAUAUUCGCAAAUUGGUAAAAUUGUUUAUUGUUUAUUGAAAAAAAGAGAAUUUGUACUUUAAUACUCGGAUAAUUAACAGUUUCACCAUAAUUAAGAGUGCUUACACUGCACACAUAAGAUGGCUCCUAUUCAACAAGAUUUACGCGAUUCCAGCGGCGAUUCAGGAUCCGACUCGGAAAGUGGAUCGGGAUCAGCAUCGUCGAGUCGCAGUGGCUCUCCAACAUCACACGCCGCACCCACGCCAGGCGGUGCACGAAGUGAACAUUCCGACGAUGACAAGCCACGUUCACCAGGUUCAAAUGCCAGUGGAUCACCGGCAAGAUCAAAUAAAUCCGGUUCACGCAAAUCGAGAAGCCCCUCCGCUGAAUCAGGACGAUCAGUGAGUCCCGUUUCCCGAAAAUCCGUAAGAUCACGCUCUGGAUCACCUCGUGGGAGUACAAGAUCAGAGAGUCCAAGAUCAGUGAGAAGUCGAAAAUCAAGAAAAUCCGGAUCUCGUUCACCAGAUCGAAAAUCAGGCUCACCGCAAAGUAAUAAAUCAGCAUCGCCGAAAAGCCGACGAUCUGGAAGUCCAGCUAGUAGAAGAUCCCUCACGAGUCGACGAUCUGGAAGUCCAGCAAGCAGAAGAUCGCUCACGAGCCGCAGAUCCGGCAGUCAGACGAGCCGACGAUCGGGAAGUCAAACUUCCCAGGCGAGCAGACGCUCGGGAAGUCGUGCAUCGCCGUCGAGUAGAAGAUCAGGAAGUCGGACGUCUCGAGGAAGCAAGAGAUCCGCUUCGCCGUCGAGCAGAAGAUCAGAAAGUCGGACAUCCCAGGGAAGCAAAAGAUCCGCCUCACCUUCGAGCAGAAGAUCUGGAAGUCGGACAUCUCGGGGAAGUAAAAGAUCCGCCUCACCUUCGAGCAGAAGAUCUGGAAGUCGGACAUCCCGGGCAAGCAAGAGAUCCGCCUCGCCUUCGAGUAGAAGAUCAGGAAGUGCCGUCAGUCGACGAUCGAGAUCCGGCAGUCGUUCUGGAAGUCAAGCUUCGCGCACCAGUCGUCGUUCUGGCAGUCAAACUUCACACGCGAGUAGAAGAUCGGGAAGUCAAACUUCCCAUACGAGUAGAAGAUCGGGCAGUCGCGCUAGUAGAAGAUCCGGCAGUAGAGUCAGCAGAAGGUCCGGCAGAAGUGCUUCACGAAUCAGUAGAAGAUCUGGAAGUCGAACUUCACCGGGAAGCAAAAGAUCCGCCUCGCCUUCGAGUAGAAGAUCCGGAAGUGCAGCCAGUCGACGAUCAAGGUCUGGAAGUCAAACAUCUCACGCGAGUAGAAGAUCCGGAAGUCAAACUUCCAGGGCGAGUAGAAGAUCAGGGAGUCGCACUAGUAGAAGAUCCGGCAGUCGCACCAGUAGAAGAUCCGGCAGUAGGCAUUCCAGUCGAUCCGCAAGUCCAAAGAAUCGCAGUGACAAUGAAUCCGAGAAGUCUUUGAAAAUAGCAGCAGAUCAAGGGAAGAAGUCCGAUGAUGACAGCGAUGUUGAGGCACCGAGAAGUAAGCGCAAAGAACGUUCAGACUCAGCUUCAGAGACAGAUGUUGUGAAGAAGAAACGAGCCUUGAUUGAUUCUGAUUCAGAACCGGAAAUCACGGAGAAAGAGCCUGAACCAACGGCAGACGCUCUUUUUGGUGAUGCAAGCGACAUCAGCACUGACGAUGAGAAAGACAAAACCGAGGAAGGGAAGCAAGAAAGAAAGAGCAAAAGUCGUAGUCGUAGCAAGAGUCGCAGCAAAAGUCGAAGUCGCAGCCGAAGUCGUAGUCGUAGUCGUAAUCGCAGUCGUAGUAGAAGCAGAAGUAGAAGCAGAGCUCCAUCAGACGCCGGCGAAGGAACCAGCACCCAAAAAGCUCUAGUUUUCGACGAUGAAGAUAAAGAGAAAGAAGAUGAGGUUGAACCACCACCAGAAACAAGAAUCGACGUCGAAAUACCAAAGAUCAGCACCGAUCUUGGUAAAGAGAUACAUUUUGUAAAAUUGCCAAAUUUCUUGUCCGUCGAGACAAGACCAUUCGAUCACGAGACCUAUGAAGACGAAAUCGACGAGGAGGAAACAUUGGAUGAGGAAGGUAGAGCGAGAUUAAAAUUAAAAGUGGAAAAUACAAUCCGGUGGAAGGACUAUAUGGAUGAUGAUGGAAAAAUGGUGAAGGAGAGUAAUGCACGUUUUGUUCGAUGGUCCGAUGGCAGUAUGUCACUUCAUCUUGGGUCGGAAAUUUUCAACGUCUACAAACAACCAUUGCAGGGUGAUCACAAUCAUCUUUACAUUCGACAAGGCACUGGUCUUCAGGGACAAGCCGUGUUCCGUACAAAAUUAACGUUCAGACCACAUUCGACCGAAUCGUUUACUCACAGAAAAAUGACAAUGUCACUCGCCGAUCGUUCGCAAAAGACUUCUGGUAUUAAAGUUCUUUCUCAAGUGGGAAUGAAUCCAGAUCAAAAUAAACACGAAAUGAUUAAGAAAGAGGAAGAAAAGUUGAGAAUGUCAAUGAGAGUUCAGCCGAAGAGUAAGAAAACGACAAGUGGUUCUAGAAGUGCAAAUCGCGCUUCUGCUGGAUACGCAGGUGAUUCCUAUCAUGACGAGGGUUCUGACGAUGAAGGAGCCAUUUCUCUAGCCGCUAUUAAAAAUCAAUACAAAAAAGGCGGUCCUUCUCAAAAGAUUUCAGCGAAUAUAUAUUCUUCGGACGAAGACGGUUCAGAUGUAGAAGCAAUGAGACCCAAGAAGAAUGUGAAAAGCAAGGCAAUUCAGGAUUCGGACGAUUCGAAUUCUGGAUCUGAAAGUGGUUCAGGAAGUGGUGAAGAAGCGGAGGCCGCUGCUGAAAUUGAAGGCAGUGAUUAAUUUUCUUCCCAUAUUUAUGAAGAUGUAAAUAGAAUUCUUUUUCCAUACGAAUUUUUCUUUCAGAAUUUUUCUAUAUAAGUAAUCUUUAAACUAAGUUUUUCUCAAUUAAACAUUUCUCUGUAGAAUUAAAAAUUACAAAUAAAUUAGUUUAAUAAUUAUUUCACAAUAUUCAUAGAGUGAUUUAUUUCCAAUAGGCAUUACAAUUCUCUUAAUUAUGCAUAAUUAAAAUCACAAAGAGAAAUAUAAUAAUAUUAAUCGUAAUAACCGUCUGUACAUUCAUAAUGCAAAAUCUCAAAGUUAAUUUUACAUUUUCCAUUUACACAAUUCAAUCUAUUGCACGCAAUUUUCAUUUCUCGGUGCAAUUUCUAAAAUCAAAAAAACAAAGCUCUACAUUUUGCUUCAUAAUAUAAAUUUUCUUUAACAUAAUUGGCUUACUGAAGAAAGUUUUACAUGAAAUAUAUACAAAAUUUGCAACAAACUGUUGCUUUAUUAACAAAAUUGUAAAUAGUCUUAUUCAUUACUCCUCACGCGAAAAAAAAAUUAAUACAGGGAAGACCCAGAUUGAAUUUUUCAAUGUGCGUUUACAAAAAAAAACUUCUCAGCAUUUUCAAUUUACUGAAAUUAAUUUAUAUAUAUUAUAUACAAAAGAAAAAGAAUUCUCUCUUAGAAGCCUCGCAAAACUUAAAUACAAUGCUUCCUCAUGAGGAAGUAAAAUUAAACUAAACUC